AUGUAUGUUUCUACUCAUGUUGCUAAACCAGACUUUGAGAAUUAUGACCUUCAAUCGAGUACUUGUGGAAGGGAUAUUGUAACUAUUCCCAAGAGAUUUGAAAGACCAAUUGGUAUAGCUGUGUAUGGCCAUGUUCAUUCUCCCUUGUCCAAGUAUACAAUGACAGUGGUAGUGGAUUUUAUUGAUAGUAACACUGCUAGACAAGGAAGAGUAGGUUGGUUGCCAUCUGAUGAUAGUGGUGAACCAAAAGAAGAGUCUGUAUUGUGGAUGUUAUUUGUUGGUAUUGUCAAGAUCAUCUUUGAAAUCUUGGUAUGA